AUGGCGUCUGGACAGCAAUGGGUGUUGGUGGAAAUGGUACAAGCGUUGUAUGAGGCCCCGUCUUAUCACCUCAUUUUGGAAGGUAUCCUCAUACUAUGGAUCGUCAGGCUUCUUUUCUCUAAAACCUACAGGCUCCAUGAGACAAAUAAACUAACUGAAAAGGAAAAGGAAGAUCUAAUUGAAGAAUGGCAGCCUGAACCACUUUCUCCCGCUGUUCCCAAAGAUUCGCCAUACAUUACCUACGAUGUUGUCACAGGACCUCCAAGCCACAAAAUCACCAUCAAUGGAAAAGAAUGCAUUAACUUUGCAUCAUUCAACUUCCUGGGCCUCCUUGACAAUGAACGAGUCAAGCAAAAGGCUCUGUCAUCAUUGAAGAAAUAUGGUGUCGGAACAUGUGGUCCCAGGGGUUUUUAUGGAACUUUUGAUGUUCACCUGGAGUUGGAGAGUCGACUAGCCAAAUUCAUGAAAACGGAAGAAGCCAUCAUCUACUCAUAUGGCUUUGCUACUAUUGCGAGUGCAAUCCCGGCAUACGCGAAAAGGGGCGAUAUUAUCUUUGUGGAUGAGGCAGCCUGCUUUUCCAUCCAAAAAGGCCUGCAAGCAUCCCGCAGCUUGAUUAAGUACUUCAAGCACAAUGACAUGGAGGAUUUGGAGAGGCUUCUACAGGAGCAAGAGUUGGAGGACCAGCAGAACCCUCGCAAGGCUCGAGUGACUCGCAGGUUUAUUGUUGUGGAGGGACUGUACAUUAACACUGCUGACAUCUGUCCUCUUCCUGAACUGGUGAAACUGAAAUAUAAGUACAAGGUGCGGAUUUUCCUGGAGGAGAGCAUGUCUUUUGGUGUGUUGGGAGAGCAUGGCCGAGGAGUCACGGAGCACUUUGGAGUCAAUAUAGAGGACAUUGACCUAAUCAGUGCUAACAUGGAGAAUUCCGUUGCCUCUAUUGGAGGCUUUUGCUGCGGGCGCUCUUUUGUCAUAGACCACCAGCGCUUGUCAGGCCAAGGCUACUGUUUUUCUGCAUCCUUGCCUCCCAUGCUGGCUGCAGCAGCCAUUGAGGCCCUCAGUAUCAUGCAGGAAAAUCCAGAAAUAUUCACCAUUCUGAGGGAAAAAUGCACAUAUGUUUACAAAGCAUUACAAGAAAUUCCAGGGCUAAAAUUAGUGGGAAUGCAGUUUGCCCCAGCGCUUCACCUGCAGUUAGAGAGAAGUUCAGGCUCCAGAGAGUCUGACAUGCAGCUUCUGCGCUCAAUAGUAGAUUAUUGUAUGGAAAGGCAAGUGGCUCUGACCCUUGCCCGAUACCUAGAAAAAGAAGAGCGAUAUCCCCCUCCACCAAGCAUCCGGGUGGUGGUGACCAUUGAACAGACAGAGGAGGAAAUACUAAAGGCCAAGUCCUGUAUCCAGGAAGCUGCUUUAGCACUACUGAAAUGA